AUGCAGGAAGCUGGGGAAGACGAGCUGCAGGAAGCUGGGGAAAACGAGCUGCCGGAAGCUGGGGAAGACGAGACGCAGGAAGCUGGGGAAGACAAGCUGCCGGAAGCUGGGGAAGACGAGACGCAGGAAGCUGGGGAAGACGAGACGCCGGAAGCUGGGGAAGACGAGACGCAGGAAGCUGGGGAAGACGAGACGCAGGAAGCUGGGGAAGACGAGACGCAGGAAGCUGGGGAAGACGAGACGCAGGAAGCUGGGCAAGACGAGACGCAGGAAGCUGGGGAGGACAAGCUGCAGGAAGCUGGGGAAGACGAGAUGCAGGUAUCUGGGGAAGACGAGCUGCAGGAAGCUGGGGAAGACGAGCUGCAGGAAGCUGGGGAAGACGAGCUGCAGGAAGCUGGGGAAGACGAGCUGCAGGAAGCUGGGGAAGACGAGCUGCAGGAAGCUGGGGAAGACGAGAUGCAGGAAGCUGGGGAGGACAAGCUGCAGGAAGCUGGGGAAGACGAGAUGCAGGAAGCUGGGGAGGACAAGCUGCAGGAAGCUGGGGAGGACAAGCUGCAGGAAGCUGGGGAAGACGAGAUGCAGGAAGCUGGGGAAGACGAGAUGCAGGAAGCUGGGGAGGACAAGCUGCAGGAAGCUGGGGAAGACGAGAUGCAGGAAGCUGGGGAAGACGAGCUGCAGGAAGAAGCUGGGGAAGACGAGACGCAGGAAGCUGGGGAAGACAAGCUGCAGGAAGCUGGGGAAGACGAGACGCCGGAAGCUGGGGAAGACGAGACGCAGGAAGCUGGGGAAGACGAGAUGCAGGAAGCUGGGGAAGACGAGAUGCAGGAAGCUGGGGAAGACGAGAUGCAGGAAGCUGGGGAGGACAAGCUGCAGGAAGCUGGGGAAGACGAGAUGCAGGAAGCUGGGGAAGACGAGCUGCAGGAAGCUGGGGAAGACGAGCUGCAGGAAGCUGGGGAAGACGAGCUGCAGGAAGCUGGGGAAGACGAGCUGCAGGAAGCUGGGGAAGACGAGACGCAGGAAGCUGGGGAAGACGAGAUGCAGGAAGCUGGGGAGGACAAGCUGCAGGAAGCUGGGGAAGACGAGAUGCAGGAAGCUGGGGAAGACGAGAUGCAGGAAGCUGGGGAAGACGAGAUGCAGGAAGCUGGGGAGGACAAGCUGCAGGAAGCUGGGGGAGACGAGAUGCAGGAAGCUGGGGAAGACGCCAACAGGUACUUCACAACCACCAAAUCCAAGCAGUCUUAUCAGUCUACUCUGACCUACUUGAGAGAACACAGUGUAAUUUACAAUGACAAGAGGACCAAGACGAAUGGAUGCACACGCUGUGUUAGCGCUGCUACACGAUAUGAAGGAAAAACCUCUCAGAUGGAAGAAAUGAAUCAUGACGUCUCUGAUGAUUCUUCUUCUGAUUCUGAGCCUCAUCCUGAACCUUCACCUCUGAGGCCUGAGAGCAAAUAA